AUGAACCAAUAUAAUUAUUUAUUUAAAUUCAUUUUAAUAGGAAACACGUGCGUAGGUAAAUCUUGCUUAUUAUCUUAAUUUACAGAAGGAAGAUUUAAAAAAGAGCAUGAUGCAACUAUAGGAGUUGAAUUUGGUUCUAAAAAUAUAUUAGUAAAUGAUACAGUAAUAAAAAUACAAAUAUGGGAUACAGCAGGUUAAGAAUCAUUUAAAAGCAUAACUCGCUCUUAUUAUAGAGGUUCAAUAGGAUCAUUAUUAAUUUUUGAUAUUACACAUAAAGAAAGUUUUGAUAGCUUGUAAAUGUGGUUAAAUGAAGUUAUUAAUAAUGCAAAUAAAAGCCUUUCUUUUAUUGUUAUUGGAAAUAAAAUCGAUUUAAUUGGAAAGCGUUAAGUAACAUAUGAAGAAGCUUAAUAAUUUGCAAAAGAAAAUAAUUUUAUUUAUAUUGAAACAUCUGCUUUAACGGGUGAGAAUGUAGAAAAUGCAUUUAAAUAAAUUGCAGAAGAAAUUUUAAAUAAAAUAUAAAAUAAGGAAAUUGAUCCUAAUAAUCAUAAUUCAGGAAUAAAAGUAGGAACAAAAUAAAAAUUUAAUACUUAAAACUAAAAUUAUAAUGAAAAUUUAACAUUAGAGUAAGAUAACUAGACAAAUAAAAAAAAUUAAUGCUAAUGUUGA